AUGUUGUUCUUCUCAGUGGCAUGGUCUCUUUGGCUACUUCGAAAUGAUCUGAUCUUCCAACAGAAGACACCUGACUAUGAUUCAAUAUUCUUUCUUAUUAUCACUCGUCUAUGUCUAUGGCUAAAAGCUAUCCAUUUUGAUUUCCCAUACUCCCCUUCAGAUCUGAUCAGAUCGGCAGAUAGCUUACUUCGGUGGUCCAAUGCCCACUCCUUCAGGAUUCAUAAUAUGUGGUCUCCUCCUAUGAUUAAUAGCCUCAAAUGGAACGUGGAUGGCUCGUCUCUUGGUAAGCCAGGCCCUUCUGGAAUAGGUGGUGUACUGCGAAAUCAUCAUGGACAUCUUCUCGGUAUGUUCUCUGUUCCAGUUGGUAUUUUAGACUCUAAUAUUGCUGAGUUAAGGGCUAUUGUCAAAGCCAUUGAACUUUCAGCAUCUAAUUGUCUCUUUCACCAUCAACACCUUAUCAUAGAAUCUGACUCAGUCAAUGCUAUUAGCUGGAUGAAUAAGCCUCACAACCGUCCCUGGAAGCAUCAUAAUUUGUUCUCCUCUGUUAAUAGGCUGAAAGCAUAUUUUGGUUCAAUCACCUUCUCCCAUAUCUUCCAUGAAAGUAAUUGCAUGGCAUAUUGCAUGGCUAAACAAGGAGUGCAGAGAUCAAGUGAUUUUGUUGCCUGGCUUUGA